CCCACCGCCUGUCAGCGGUAUUUAUAACAGCACGUCCGGCCUUUGAGCCGCACCUUUACAUACCGAUUGGACAAGCUCUCACUCACGGACCUACACGCCCUCAGUCCUCUCGUCGACUGACAAAAUCCUGAUUUACUACACAACUAACGACAUAAAAUUUCCUCUCUGUGACGCUGAACAAUCAACAGACUUGAACUGUCGGUCUUGUGACAGGGAGCAGGCUGCCAUUGGCGACCCAUAACCUAGCGAGGGUGUUUGGGACAAGUGAACUGUACACUGGUUGUGCUCAACAGUAGGUCAGGUGGGGAUCUGCACUGUCAGCUUUUGACGGGUGUGUCAAAUCUUUCGCUCUUCGAAUUUGGACUUGGCUCGUGACUUCUGUUUGUUUAGGUUUUUUUUUCCUUCUCUCACCAAGUCACGAGAGUGGUGCUUUGUAUAUUCCAGCUUCAGAGUUCUCGUGUACCAGUCUACAUGACACGGUAGUGGUGUACAUGUUGCUGAAGUAUUUCCAUUGCGCAAAGCCCUAUCAGUAAGGUUAAAGUUUCCGUACGAAGGAAGCGACAAGGAGAAGUUGAAGCAACAACAAAGAGGACAGUCACUGUAGACAGCGACAACGGGAUGCAGUUUGAGAGCAAGUGAAGUGUUUGUAUAUUCGCUGGAGGAACGCACCCUUCGGACGAUCAACUGCUGAAACGAGCGAAAAUGCCGGCGCCGCCUUCAGUCCGCGCUGUGGUCGUGGUCGCCGCGUUGAUGGUGUUGUCGCCGGUGGGAGUGCAGUGUCAGUGCCGUCCUAACGACGGGCCGGCUGGCAACAUGGUGUGCAUCUCAGCAUCACAGUAUGAGAAUCAGAGCCAGUUCGCCACCUGUCGUACCAACAGCUAUGUCCUUCGCAAAUCUCGGGGAGAUCAUGCCUGCCUGGACGAUGGCUCGGCUUACUGUUACUACCAGUGCAUGCUGGAGAUGCAUGAUAAAGAAAGUGGGCCGGUGAGCUCUGACUGUAGCUGCACGUCGCCCCUGCCUCCUAGGCCGACUAGUUCGCUUCCUUCUAAGUGCUACAGCCCCUCGGGAGCAGACUGCAGCUGGUACAGGGACUGCCUGGAGAUGGAGUUUAGCUGUGCCGGGGGUCGGGACAACUACGCCAUGGCCUACUCGGAGCACUUGUGUACGAUUUACAAGACGAAAAAACACCUGCUGACAGAGUCAGGUCAAAGGUGGCUUAACGCCACGAAUGCGUGCCUUCAGGCAGAACUUGUCCCAAUGCUUCAACCUUUCAGGAAUCUGACGUGCGAGGACGUCAAGUCACGUGCCUGCAAGACACAAGCUUUGUGCUACUUGAAUCCAUACUUAGACUAUCCUUCUGUCUGUGAACUGCAGCCAGCAGACGUCUGGACAGUUUUCUGGACAAUCAGGGAUGCCUUCAGGUCGCAUUUCGUGGAAAGCAUUUUCGGACUUAUGAAGGUGGCAUCAAGCUGUACGGCAAUCUCGACCCUGACUUCUGACAUGCAGCACCUGAGGGUUCGAAUCCUACAUGCCGACGUGUUGCUCAAGACGCGAGAGUUGUUCUCGGACCUCGAGGCCUCCACCUCCGAGAAAAGAAAAUCGCUACAGACCAGACGCAAGCGGCAGACGGAAGAGAACAUAGCACGUGUUCUCCACCGCUCACUAGCUCCGGAACCGAUACAUCUGGCAUGGAAAGGGGUAACCAACACCCAGCUCCGUAUUCAUCAGUUGGCGAACGAAGCGGUGGAUUCCCUGGCCAGGCAGCUGGAUUGGGACGAGGGAGGAGUCAUCUGGUUUGCUUUUGCAGCCGAUCAGCAUGACAGGGAGACGCUGGACUUGCAUGUUUUGCUAGGUGACCGUCAUGCUUUCCACCUGGCCAACCCCUGGUCCCCCAGAUCUGACCUGUCCAAAGUGACCCUGCAAGCCGGGAGUCGAUCAAAAACGCCGAGGUCACUUUGAUCUCAGAAGGUCAAAGUUUACGGGUGCAGUCGCUGGAAGUGUGCGGCAAUCCUAGAGUGCACUCGAGUGCUCUCUAAAGUCGAUGCCCCGGUCAGUGCUAACGGGGCACCACGUCAGUGGAUGAUACCUAGCCUCGUUCUUAUAGUGACCAUGGGAGCAGUGUUGAUGUUUUAAACAUUUCUGGACCUGAAGUGGUACUCUCAAGUGCACCGUGGUAAGGAGUCGUCAUGACGAUAACUAAACCACAUUUUAAGACCUGUUUAACGUGUACAGGCAAGAUACACAAACUAUAAACACUGUCGUGCACAGCAUUUACCUGCAUUAACUUACAGAAAAAAAUGUAUUUUUUUGAAUUUUUGCUUAUUAAAGCUUACUUGUGUGUAGGGUGGGUGAGUGGGAGUAGGGGGAGGGGUUGUAGUGCGUGUGACGUGGCAGAGAAAGAGAGAGGCAUGGCUUAAGAAUGAUUUAUUUUAUUUGUAAAUAACAAUUAAAUUAUUUGUAUCCCAGUUAGCAACUAACCCAUGUAUGUUUUCAGAAUCAGCUGUCCAUAAAUUUGAAGUCAUCGGUUCUCCCUAACGUGAUACAAAAUCAGUGGACUGUUGCAGCUUGCACAGCAGUCACUAUAUCCGCUUUAUUCAAGAUUCCAUUCAUUAUUUGUCACCUUUGCACUGAGUUUAAUUAUGUCUAGUUUUGAACAUGCUAAGUCUUGUUCACAAAGUCUUGUAAAUAAUCAGCUAUAGUUUCUAGCUUCACUGUCAUCCAGAAAGAAUGGGUUGUAAAUAGAAACCUUCCCUGUAAUGAUAUUCGGUCAUACAAGAAAGUACUUUUACUUGCUAGCUAUCUGACAAAGAACAUAUGGUCACAACAACAACUACAACUGAAAGUUUAAUUGUUACUGACGUUGUGCUGAUGUAUGUUGACUUAAUUUCAGCUUGUUUUCGUGAAAGGGCAUUUAAAUGAUGUGAUUACAUUUUUAAAAGGAGGAAGGGCCUUCAGAAAAGAUAAUACGAAAGAAACGAAAAUCUGUUUCACUCACAAACAUGCAGUCUAUAGUGAUGAGUGUGGAAAACGGAUGGAUUUAUUCUCUGUAGUGGAAAAAUAAAGCGGCCACUGUGUAAACUAUAACAGCUGUUUAAAGGAAUAUAAACAGUCACACUUUCUUACAUGUACAUAUGUAUAUAUAUAUAGCAGUGUGUGCAUUACUGUGCGUGUGAAUAUUCAUAUACAUCGUAUGUAUGAUAUGUAUCUUUGCAUAAAUGUGUAUACGAAGAAAGAAGGGUGAAAGUGGAAGGAAUUAUAUAUAUAUAGUGCUUAUGAUUUUAUAGCAGCAGCCGCGCUUAUAAUUUAAAACCGUGAUUUGGUGAUUUAUUUGUUUCUUUUAUUUGUAACAUCGGAAUGUCACUUGCUUUGUAUGAUGACUGAUUGUUUAAUGUGUUGAGAAAUGUGAUAACUUCAAACUUUAUAGAGUUGAGGCUUCUAACAAAUAAACACCAAAUUAUCGAAGCAAA